AUGUUUGGAUCUUUCGCACGUAGUCGGCAGGAAAAUGAUUAUUACAUCUGGAAGGUUUCCAAGCUACACAACGACGGAGUCUGCAACACACGGCUUGCAGCCAUCUCUAGUACUUUCAAGCAAUCCGACGACUUGACUUUGAACUCUCUCUGUACUGUAUCAGACUCUAUCAAGCGAAAGGCCUGGCAUAAAAACUAUCAUGUGCGACCAGAUAUACGACGUUUACAGAUGCGGUUGCACUACCAAGGGCGAGUUUCAACAAUGCAAUGA